AACGAGCACUUCGUCCAAACAGAAUGUAUUGGCGACAAGGCAUCUACUUGAAUUGGUCUCCUGAAGCUUACUGCUUAGUAGGAUCUGAAGUUUUAGAUCAUCACGCAGAGAGUUUCUUAAAAAUUACAGUUCCUUCUUGUAGAAAAGGCUGUGUUCUUUUGGGCCAAGUUGUGGACCACAUUGAUUCUCUCAUGGAAGAGUGGUUUCCUGGAUUAUUGGAGAUUGAUAUUUGUGGUGAAGGAGAAACUCUGCUGAAGAAAUGGGCAUUAUAUAGUUUUAAUGAUGGUGAAGAGCAUCAAAAAAUAUUGCUUGACAACUUGAUGAAGAAAGCAGAAGAAGGAGACCUCCUAGUAAAUCCAGAUCAACCAAGGCUCACAAUUCCAAUAUCUCAGAUUGCUCCUGACUUGAUUUUGGCUGAUCUGCCUAGAAAUAUUAUGUUGAAUAAUGAUGAAUUGGAAUUUGAACAAGCUCCAGAGUUUCUCUUAGGUGACGGCAGUUUUGGAUCUGUUUAUCGAGCUGCGUACAAAGGAGAAGAAGUGGCUGUGAAGAUUUUUAAUAAACAUACAUCACUUAGGCUGUUAAGACAAGAGCUGGUAGUUCUUUGCCAUCUUCACCAUCCCAGCUUAAUAUCUUUGCUGGCAGCUGGGAUUCGUCCUCGAAUGUUGGUGAUGGAAUUAGCCUCCAAGGGUUCCCUGGACCGCCUGCUUCAGCAAGACAAAACCAGUCUUACCAGAACGCUGCAGCACAGAAUCGUGCUACACGUGGCCGAUGGCCUGAGAUACCUCCAUUCGGCCAUGAUUAUAUACCGUGACUUGAAGCCCCACAAUGUUUUGCUUUUCACCCUGUAUCCCAAUGCUGCCAUCAUCGCCAAGAUUGCGGACUAUGGGAUUGCUCAGUACUGCUGUAGAAUGGGGAUAAAAACAUCAGAGGGCACUCCAGGUUUUCGUGCACCUGAAGUUGCUAGAGGAAAUGUUAUUUAUAACCAACAAGCUGAUGUUUAUUCAUUUGGUUUGCUACUUUAUGACAUUUUGACAACUGGAGGUAGAAUAGCAGAAGGUUUGAAGUUUCCAAAUGAGUUUGAUGAAUUGGCAAUACAAGGGAAAUUACCUGGUUUCACUACUCACAAGCAAAAAAAUUUCCUUUUAGUGGGAACUGCUGAUGGCAACUUAGCAAUUUUUGAAGAUAAAACUGUUAAGUGUAAAGGAGCCACUCCUCUGAAGAUACUCAACAUAGGAAAUGUCAGCACUCCACUGAUGUGUUUGAGUGAAUCUGUAAACUUAACUGAAAAAAAUAUUAUGUGGGGAGGAUGUGGUACAAAAGUUUUCUCAUUUUCUGAUGAUUUCACCAUUCAGAAACUCAUUGAGACCAGGACAAAUCAGCGAUUUUCUAAUACAUCUUUCUGUGAUUCCAACAUCAUCGCAGUGGUGGUAGACACGGCUCUUUAUGUUGCUAAGAAAAAUAGCCCAUGUGUGGAAGUGUGGGAUAAGAAGACUGAAAAACUCUGUGAACUGAUAGAUUGUGUGCACUUUUUAAAGGAGGAACUGGUCAGAGUAAGCAAGGAAUCGAAACACAAAAUGUCUUAUUCUGGGAGAGUGAAGACUCUCUGCCUUCAGAAGAACACUGCUCUCUGGAUAGGAACUGGAGGAGGCCAUAUCUUACUCCUUGAUCUUUCAACUCGUCGAAUUAUACGUAUAAUUCACAACUUUUGUGAUUCUGUUAGAGUCAUGAUGACCGCACAGUUAGGAAGCCUUAAAAAUGUCAUGCUGGUUUUGGGUUAUAACCGGAAAAGUGCUGAAGAGAUACAGUCUUGCUUGUCUGUUUGGGACAUCAAUCUUCCACAUGAAGUGCAAAAUUUAGAAAAACAUAUUGAAGUGAGAAAAGAAUUAGCUGAAAAAAUGAGAAGAAUAUCUGUUGAAUAAGAGGGAUAUUGGAAAUCUUUAUCUUUGGAUAGAAAAAUGGUUAUCUUCUCUUGUAAAUAUCUUUAAAAAAUGUUUAUGUAUAAAAAGAGUAAUUUCCACUACUUGCUGUUUGCUAAUGUGUAUAUGAAGGAAUGUUUAUAGAUUUUAUUUUGUAAAAAUGUACAAAAUUGUUACCAGUGAAAAUAUAUUUUAAAGAACUAUUUUAAAUGUAAUAUUUCUUAUAUAUCCUAAUUAAAUUUGUGGAUUAAGUAAUAAAAGGAAAUCUAAAAAGUACUUGAUUGUAGUACUCAUACUGAAAUUUACAAAGUGGAUAAUUUUUUGUUUUGUUACUCAUAAUGAAGGUUAUGUUUAUUUUGCAUUCUGUGAUUAAGACAGGUCUGUUGCUGGAUUAUGUCUAGAUAUUCUGCGAAGUGGAAUAAAAAUAUUAGAAAAGUUUUAAUGUAAUACAUUCCUUCUUAGAUUGCUUUAAAAUGCAGUUAUCAUAUAUACUUGUAAAUAGUCAUUGAAUUUGCACUAAUGAAGCCCUUUGCUGGAACAUGAGUUCUUUUGUUGCUGAUGUAAACAAUGCAUCUCAUACAACUUCACUUCAUCUAAAACAAAAUGCCAUAAAAUGUGCUGAUAAGAAGCCAACAUGUCAAAAUCCACCUAUUCAAGAAAGAGGUAGCUAUUUCCUUUCCUAUAUUGCAACUCUGUCUUCGAAUGUGAAGUCAUAAAAUUUUAUAGUUGGUGUAAAUAAAAUGUUCAGUCCUUCAAGUGA